GUCCUGCAGCUUCACUCCUACUACCAUGGCUCUCCCUUCAUUUGCAGGCCGGCUCAUCGUGCCCGUGGCUGUCGCCGCGGCAGUCAUACAGGCUAGCAUCUAUGAUGUCCCAGGAGGCUACCGUGCCGUCAUGUUCGACCGUUUCCAAGGAGUCAUGAACAAGGCGAAGCCGGAGGGCACGCAUUUCCUCGUUCCAUGGCUUCAACGCGCCAUAUUGUACGACUGCCGCAUCAAGCCCCGCAACAUUUCCACCACCACUGGCUCAAAAGAUCUACAGAUGGUCUCUAUAACUCUUCGCGUGCUCUCACGGCCCGACGUCGAGCACCUUUCCAAAAUCUAUCAAAGCCUAGGUCUGGACUACGACGAGAGGGUCCUACCUUCCAUUGGCAAUGAAGUAUUGAAAGCCAUCGUGGCUCAGUUUGAUGCUGCCGAGCUGAUCACGCAACGGGAGGUGGUCUCAUCUCGGAUCCGUGAAGACUUGCUGCAGCGUGCGGGCGAGUUCAACAUCAAGCUUGAGGAUGUCUCCAUCACCCAUCUCACUUUCGGAAAGGAAUUCACUCAGGCUGUUGAAGCGAAGCAAAUUGCCCAGCAAGAUGCUGAGCGUGCCAAGUUCAUCGUCGAAAAGGCGGAACAAGAGCGGCAGGCGGCAGUUGUCCGGGCAGAAGGUGAGGCCGAGGCUGCUGCGACCAUCUCGCGGGCGCUGGACAAGGCGGGCGAGGCAUUUGUGACGUUCCGGAAGAUUGAAACGAGCAAGGCGAUUGUGCAGUCUUUGGCGAACAACCCGAAUGUUACGUAUAUUCCGAGCGGGGGUGGGAAUGUGCUGUUGAGUGUACCUACGCAGAAGUAG